AUGGCGUUCGCGCAGUCAACGGACGACAGUGGAGCAGGCGAUGCGUUUGCGGCGCUCCCUUCGCCACGCGUGGUCGCCACACACCUUCCCUACUCUCUCCUGCCACGGCGCAUCACCGCGGAGGAGUCCGGCUGCCGGAUCGUGUACAUCUGCCGGAACCCAAAGGAUGCGUUCGUCUCCUCGUGGUUCUUCGCCAAGAAGGGGGCGGCCACCGUUGCACGAGCACGAGCACGAGCCGACAAGGACAUGGACAUGCAGCUGCAGCAGCAGCCGCCGUACACAUUCGAGGAGGCGUUCGAACUGUUCUGCGAUGGCAUAUGCGUCUGCGGCCCGCAAUGGCGUCACGAGAUGGGCUACUGGGAGAUGAGGAGGAAGCGGCCGGAGAAGGUGCUCUUCCUCCGGUAUGAGGAGAUGCUCCGGGACCCGUGA